GGAAAAGGCAAGGGGUGGGGGAAGAGGGAGCACCGGGAACAGCGCCUGCGCGGUGGGCGUGAUCCGGGCACUUAGGGCAGGAUGAACGCUGCUUUCCAAGAUGGCGACGGAGGGAGGAGGGAAGGAGAUGAACGAGAUUAAGACCCAAUUCACCACCCGGGAAGGUCUGUACAAGCUGCUGCCACACUCGGAGUACAGCCGGCCCAACCGGGUGCCCUUCAACUCGCAGGGAUCCAACCCUGUCCGCGUCUCCUUCGUAAACCUCAACGACCAGUCUGGCAACGGCGACCGCCUCUGCUUCAAUGUGGGCCGGGAGCUCUACUUCUAUAUCUACAAGGGGGUCCGCAAGGCUGCUGACUUGAGUAAACCAAUAGAUAAAAGGAUAUACAAAGGAACACAGCCUACUUGUCAUGACUUCAACCACCUAACAGCCACAGCAGAAAGUGUCUCUCUCCUAGUGGGCUUUUCCGCAGGCCAAGUCCAGCUUAUAGACCCAAUCAAAAAAGAAACUAGCAAACUUUUUAAUGAGGAAAGACUAAUAGACAAGUCACGAGUUACCUGUGUCAAAUGGGUUCCCGGUUCGGAAAGCCUUUUCCUAGUAGCCCACUCGAGUGGGAACAUGUACUUAUAUAAUGUGGAGCACACUUGUGGCACCACAGCCCCCCACUACCAGCUUCUGAAGCAGGGAGAGAGCUUUGCCGUGCACACUUGCAAGAGCAAAUCCACGAGGAACCCUCUCCUUAAGUGGACGGUGGGCGAGGGGGCCCUCAACGAGUUUGCUUUCUCCCCAGAUGGCAAGUUCUUAGCGUGCGUGAGCCAGGAUGGGUUUCUGCGGGUGUUCAACUUUGACUCAGUGGAGCUGCACGGUACGAUGAAAAGCUACUUUGGGGGCUUGCUGUGUGUGUGCUGGAGCCCGGAUGGCAAGUACAUCGUGACAGGUGGCGAGGACGACUUGGUGACAGUCUGGUCCUUUGUAGACUGCCGAGUAAUAGCCAGAGGCCACGGGCACAAGUCCUGGGUCAGUGUCGUAGCAUUUGACCCUUAUACCACUAGUGUAGAAGAAGGUGACCCUAUGGAGUUUAGUGGCAGCGAUGAGGACUUCCAAGACCUUCUUCAUUUUGGCAGAGAUCGAGCAAAUAGUACACAGUCCCGGCUCUCCAAACGGAACUCUACAGACAGCCGCCCCGUAAGUGUCACGUAUCGGUUUGGUUCCGUGGGCCAGGACACACAGCUCUGUUUAUGGGACCUUACAGAAGAUAUCCUUUUCCCUCACCAACCCCUCUCAAGAGCAAGGACACACACAAAUGUCAUGAAUGCCACGAGUCCUCCUGCUGGAAGCAAUGGGAACAGUGUUACAACGCCCGGGAACUCUGUGCCACCCCCUCUGCCACGGUCCAACAGCCUUCCACAUUCAGCAGUCUCAAAUGCUGGCAGCAAAAGCAGUGUCAUGGACGGGGCCAUUGCUUCUGGGGUCAGCAAAUUUGCAACACUUUCACUACAUGACCGGAAGGAGAGGCACCACGAGAAAGAUCACAAGCGAAAUCAUAGCAUGGGACACAUUUCUAGCAAGAGCAGUGACAAACUGAAUCUAGUUACCAAAACCAAAACGGACCCUGCUAAGACUUUGGGAACGCCCCUGUGUCCUCGAAUGGAAGACGUUCCCUUGUUAGAGCCGCUGAUAUGUAAAAAGAUAGCACAUGAAAGACUGACUGUACUAAUAUUUCUUGAAGACUGUAUAGUCACUGCUUGUCAGGAGGGAUUUAUUUGCACAUGGGGAAGGCCUGGUAAAGUGGCAUUCAGGAAUUCUGAGGAAGAAUUGCAGUGACAGGACGGGAGUUUUGGCUCUCCACUGGCUGACUUCACCCCCAGGGCCCACCUGGCACGUGGCCAGGCAGCCGUUUACCCCAUUUCCUCCACUUCCUGGGGUUCAUUUUAAAUAUUAAAGAAAUUGUGAAGUAUGAAAUUAGUGCUGAAGUUGCCUGAGUACAAGGUCCUCAUCACCUCUUGCCGGGGAGGGAGACAUUUCCUUUCUUUGUUGAGCGAGCUCAAAGUGUGAGGAGGAGAAAGCCUAGGGGGUGCGGGCGGCUGGAGAAGGGAUCCACGGAAACCCAAGCGCCACCUCAUGCAUGUGUGACUGCCCAAGGAAGAACUAGAAGCAGUUCACCUGUGGAUUUUCUGGGGAAGGAUUCAUGGAACACAGCGUCUGGCGUCCAGCUCUGUGGGUGAGGGCAUGGCGGGGGAUCCAGCGGCCCUGCCCUGCCUCCGGCGCCGGUGGAUGGGGGAGGGAUUAGCCUCUGACUGUGGGGUUGCACCAUGAGGGUCGGUGUGCCCCCGGCUGAGGGUUCGCUCCUUAGCAGUGAAGAACGUCCACGUGCGUGGGUAGGGGUCGGGUGACCUGGAGACGCCGCCUCCGGUCUGGUCUGGGUGACAAAGGUGAAGGUUGAUAGUCUGCCGCCCUGGCAGCAACCUGCAGGGCCCCCUUGUCUGGAGCACGCCCGUCGCCACGGGCCGACUGGGACUGUCAUGUGUUGCUUUAAGUUAACAAGGUGCACACCACAGUGACCCCAAGUGAUGUCCCAGAGGGAGGAGACAUGAGUCUGGCAGAAGUGAAGUCUGUGGCUUUAUAUUUAAAAGCACUCUAUUCAGCUGUUACCUUUGAAACUCAGAGCCUAGUUACAAACUGUAAGAACGUGCCCUCCGGAAGAGGGCAACUGUCUCUCUGAUGUUGAUUUUUUUUAUUCGUUUCUGCAUCUGUUACCCGAACUUUGUGUCAUAAAUUACUAUCCCUUCAUUUGAAAGUGUAAAAGAAGAAUUUCCUGCAUUUUUAUCAUUUCUGUAUACUUGAGUUUAUUAAAGAUUGUUAUGUUAGGCGACACUGUAUAAAAUUGUAUGGGUAUUUUGAGUGAAAAUCAAAAGUCAAAUUCACAUGUAUUUCCUUUUUUAUAUUUUCAUCUAAUUUCUUGACAACUUGAAUAAAUUUCAUAAAGAGCCUUCCUAACAUGAAGUAUUGGUAAAUUAAAUUCUUAACUGUUGCAAUAAUUAAUGAAGCUUUAAUAUCAGUAUUGUUAUUUUAUAAUUUUAAGGAAAUCAUGUUUCUGUUUCACGGCUUUGUUUUUUAGCUGUUCCCUUGUCACUGUCACAGCUAAUGAGACUUACUACAUUUCCUACAUACUUGAUAUUCUGAAGUACUGUGGGACUGUCCUCUGUAUAUUGACAUUAAAUAAACGUGUGUGAGUGAACUGUAAAUGUA